CGAGUGUUGUAGAAAAGUGUUGAUGAUUAAUGAAAAUGGCUGCUGAACUUAAGUAAAUAUGAUUUUUUUCGGUGGUAUGGUGAAUAUUCCUUAUUUGUGGAGUAGUUCCUAGUGAUUCAUAUGAAUUUAAAGAGGAAAAAAAUCGUCUUCCAUGCUUUUGUAAUGUUAAGGACUAGGAAAUUAUAUUAUAUACCUAUAUCAUAGUAAAAAGAGUACUUUAGCAAAUAAAUCAAUCAAUUAUGGAUAUCAUAAAUGAUGAGGAUCGGAAGAGGAGACUUCGUCUUCUGGAGGAGCAAAUUCAAGAUCCAAGAGGUAGAGGAAACAUUGAUUCACUGCUGGAUACAGUGCAAGCUUUGUAUACAGAUUGUGACCAUCCUUCUAUUAAGAAAAUGAAAAAUGUUGAAGUUUACUUAAACAGAUAUGACGAGUUCGCCAGCGACAUAAUAAAUCUGCGCAUGAAGACCGACGAUUUCGAGAACAUCAAGGUGAUAGGCAGAGGGGCUUUCGGCAAAGUACAGCUGGUCAGGCACAAGUACACUCGGCAGGUUUACGCGAUGAAACGCCUCAGCAAAGCGGAUCUCAUCAAACGGUCCGACUCUGCUUUCUUUUGGGAAGAGAGGCACAUCAUGGCUCACGCCAGGUCCGUGUGGAUUGUGCAGCUGCACUUUGCAUUUCAGGAUGCAAAACACCUUUACAUGGUGAUGGACUACAUGCCCGGUGGCGACAUCGUCAACCUGAUGUCGAACUACGAUAUCCCCGAAACUUGGGCGAAAUUCUACACGAUGGAGGUCGUUCUCGCUCUCGACGUCAUCCACUCGAUGGGAUUCGUUCAUCGGGACGUCAAACCGGACAACAUGCUGUUGGACAAGUACGGCCACCUGAAACUGGCCGACUUCGGCACGUGCAUGCGAAUGGACGAGGACGGCCUCGUCAGAUCCAACAACGUUGUCGGCACGCCCGACUACAUUUCCCCGGAGGUCCUGCAAAGUCACGGCAAAGGAAUUUACGGGAGGGAGUGCGAUUGGUGGUCCGUAGGGAUAUUCGUGUACGAGAUGUUGGUUGGCGAAACUCCCUUCUACGCUGAUAGUUUGUUGGGCACGUACAACAAGAUUAUGUACCACGAAAACAACCUGACUUUCCCUGAAGACGUGGAGAUUUCCAACGAGGCCAAGUCGCUGAUUCAAGGCUUGCUCUGCGACAGAACCAAACGUUUGGGUAGGAACAGCGUGGAGGAGAUUAAAAACCACCCGUUCUUCAUCAACAAAGAGCAAUGGACGUUCGAAAAUCUGCGCGACACCGCUCCUCCAGUGGUGCCCGAGUUGAGCGGCGACGACGACACAUCCAACUUUGACGAUUACGAGAAGGACGAAAGCCCCGAAGAGAUCUUCCCGGUGCCCAACAACUUCGUCGGCAACCAUUUGCCCUUCGUCGGGUUCACUUACAAUUCCGACUAUCAGCUGCUCAGCUCGGACAGCGUGGACGGAGCCAAGCAUUACAAAAACAAAGACGUGGCCAAACUGGAAAACUUGCUGGAGCAAGAGCGCGGCAAAGUGGAAACCUUGGAGAACAAGCAACGAAUACUCAUCGCUCAACUGGACAGCGUUGCUCAAAGGGAAACGGAAAUACGCGACGAAGCUGCCAAAUACGAAAAAGACAUCGCGAUUUUGAAGCACAACUACAAAGAGGUGCAGAGGAAGGCCGAGUGCGAGAGCGAAGUGAGGAGGAAGACGGAGAAAAUUCUGUCGGAACUCAAGGGUAGGUUCGAAGACGAGCAGAUCAAGAGAACGAGAGAAAUGAACAACGACAAAAUACACAUGCUGGAGAAGCAAGUGAACGACAUGCAAGAGAAGCUCAAAGUGGAAACGGAGAACUGCCAAAAGCUGCGCAAGCAGGCAAACGAGCUUACGAUGGCCAAAUCCAAUUCGGAACUGAAAGUGAACGAAUACUACGGCAAAAUUCAAGCGUUGCAGCUUACGAGAGACGCCCUGCAAUCCGAAGUGGACUCGCUGCAAACGCAGCUGAUGCAAGAGAAGAACUCGCGAUCGCAGGCCUCCGAUCAACAGAUGGUUUUGGAGAACAAAAUUCAAUCUUUGAACGCGGAAUUGGAGAGGAGCGUCCAGAAGGAGAACAAGAUAUCGGCGGACAACACGCAGUUGAUCGAGAAGGUGUCUUAUUUGGAGAAGGAAUGCGCCGGUUUGGAUUUGGAGUUGAAAACGGCCAAGAGCAUGUACCAGCAGGAGGUCAGAGCGCAUGAAGAAACCGAGAAAAGCAGAAUGCUCAACAAGGAAGAAGCUAACAUGGAAGUUGUCAAAGCCUUACAAUCAAAACUGAACGAGGAAAAAAGCGCUAGACAAAAAGCCGAUCUCAAUUCUCAAGAAAAGGAACGCCAAAUCUCCAUGCUUUCAGUAGACUAUCGACAAAUUCAGCAGAGAUUGCAAAAACUAGAGGGCGAAUACCGCCAAGAAAUGGAAAAAGUAAAAGCGCUGCACAGCCAAAUCGAACAAGAACAGCAAAAGAAAAGCAUCCUGCAAUCUGAGUUUGCUCAGCAAGCAGGCGGACUGGCCAAACUAAAAUCCAAAGAAACUGCCUUAUUGGCCGAGCUGCAGGCCAUUCAAGAGACCAAGAAACUGAUUGAAGAGGACUUUGUGAAAGUGAAGAGAAACUGGCAGAUGGAUCAGCUGCAAAUGAAAGAGCUGCAAGAUUCCUUGGAAGCUGAGCAGUAUUUCGCUACGCUCUACAAAACUCAGACGCAAGAGCUAAAGGAGGAGCUCGACGAGAAGAACCGCGUCAAUCGGGAGUUCGAGGAGGAGAGGGCCUCUUUGAAGCAUCAGUGUCAGUUGGCUUUGGCCAGGGCCGACUCGGAAGCGUUGGCCAGGUCCAUCGCCGAAGAAACCAUCGCGGAUUUGGAGAAGGAAAGGACGAUGAAGGAUUUGGAGUUGAAGGACAUAAUGACGAAGUAUCGCAACGAGAUCAACGCUAAGGAAGGCGUGAUCGGUCAGUUGAGGGACUGGGAGGCUAGCGGAAAGAAGAUCUGCGAGCUGAGCGAAAAGGAAAAUGAAGAACUAAAGAGAGACUUGCAAAGAGUCCAAGACGAGUUCGACAGAAACAUGGCGAAGUUCAAGGAGUUCGAUAAGUUGCAACACAAGCUUCAAACGGAACAGUUGCUUAAGCAACAAGCUGUUAAUAAGUUGCACGAAAUUAUGAACAGAAAGGAUUUGAAUAACACCAAGAGCAAGUCGAAGAUUUCGAAUUCCGAUCUCAGAAGGAAAGAGAAGGAGUUGAAAAAGAUGCAGCAAGAAUUAAGUCAAGAAAAGGAGAAAUUAAAUCAAACUAUUGUAAAACACCAAAAUGAUAUACAGGAUAUUAAGGCGCAAUUCAACGAAGAAGUGGCUGCCCGCCAGCGCCUUCAGAUGGAACUGGACAGCAAAGACUCUGAGAUCGAGCAGCUGCAGCUGAAGCUGGCGGUGAGCAGCGAGACGGCUUCGCUGAGUUCGGCGGACAACGACGGCGACGAAAUCAAUUCCGAGUCGGUGUUCGAAGGCUGGCUCUCGAUCCCGUCGAAGCAGAACAUCAGGAGGCACGGCUGGAAGCGCCAAUACGUGGUCGUCUCCAGCAGGAAGAUCAUCUUCUACAAUUCCGAGAACGACAAGCAGAACACUGAUCCUGUGAUAGUACUCGAUUUGUGCAAAGUGUUCCACGUGCGAUCGGUGACGCAGGGCGACGUGAUCCGCGCCGAUUCGAAAGACAUACCGCGCAUCUUCCAGCUGCUGUACGCAGGGGAGGGCGAGGCCCGCAAGCCGGACGAGCACCACCAGAACAGCACGUUGGACGUGAGCUCGCUCAAGAACUACGACGACAAGCAGCCGCUGUCGGUGUCGCACAAGGGACACGAGUUCUUCAUCAUCUCCUACCACAUGCCGACCACCUGCGAGGUCUGCCCCAAGCCGAUGUGGCACAUGUUCAGGCCGCCGCCGGCCCUCGAGUGCAAAAGAUGUCGGACAAAAAUCCACAAGGACCACAUAGAAAAGAACGACUUGGUGCCGCCGUGCAAGCUGCACUACGACCCGUCAUAUGCCAAAGAAUUGCUGCUGCUGGCGGCAUCGAACGAAGAUCAAAAGCUGUGGGUUACGCGGCUCAGCAAAAAGAUUCAGAAGUGCGGGUUCAAAGCGAACAAUUCGAAUGCCAUAGACUCGGCCAAGAUUUCGCCCAGGGAAUCGACAAGGUCUAGUUUGAAGCCAUAUUUGAACGUUCAACAGCGUUCAGCCACUUUACCUGCAAACUCUUCGAUGGGCGGCAAAUGACUUUAAAAAUUGGUUAAGACACUUUCUUAAAUCGGAACUUAAUCUGAAACGCUUCAUAUUUCAUCACCAAUCAAAAUAAUUGUUACACUUUGUGAUAUUAAUGUAACAUUACUGUUAUGGAUUUGAUAGUAUAUUUUAUCAUGGCCUUGCAUCUUAAAUAUUUUAAAUUGUUUAAUUAGGAGUAGGUGCCUAAUUGAAUUGUGUUUUCUAAGCUUUGAGCCAAUUGACAAGUGAUAGGCUAUGGAGAAUUAUUAGGAACCAAACUCUUUUUGUUAAAUAUUAUUUUUGUUAAAGUCUUAUUAAUUAAUUAAGUUCCUACAGUUAUAUAAUCAAGUUUAAAUUUAAUUUCGUUAGUUUUCCAUUACCCAACCAAAAACCCGCUAUUUUGUUUUUAAUUAAUUUGUAAAUUGUAUAAUAAUACUUUAGUCAUUAUUAAUUUUUGUACAUAUUUAUUUUUAUUUAAUAUAACACUAAUAUUAAACUUUAUUCUCUUAGGUUGCUAAAUGUUGAAAUUAACCAUUGCUCUAAUUUGGUGCUAAAAUUAACCAGUGUAUUUUUUGUUUUUAGCUGUUAAAAUCAAAUUGUUUAAUUCAGACAUUAAUAAUGUGAUAUAAUUUGCUCAAUUUUAUCCAAGCAUGUUUGUUACUUAAAUCCGCCAUCCUUAAAUUUUGAGUCUGAAGUAAAUAAUUUUGAUCUAUCCAGAAUACCAAGAUGUCUUGGUUGUAGUUUAAUUUCAAGACAUUCCUACAAAAUGUCUUAAAAUGCAAAAAUAAUUUAUAAAUUUUUUAUGUUAUUAUACAGAAAGUUAUUUUAUUUGGUUAAUUUUUAAACUGUAUUUUUGCAUUUUAAGUUUUGAUUUAAGUUGUAAAUGCUUUUUUUAAUGUACAAAACAUGUAAUCUAUUUAUUGCUCCUUCAUGUAAGUACAGUUUUUUGUAUUAUUGUGUGCCUUAAAUAAUACCUUUGUAUUAUUGUUGACACCAACAUAUUUAGGAACAUUUUAAUGAUAAGAUUUUGCCUUAUGUAUGUAUACAAAUUGGACACCAAAAUUGAC